UUCCGGUCACAACCUCCCCAGUUCUUUUCCGCCAGCCCAAGCCAACAUGGUGGGUAUUUGACAAAAUUGAAUACAUCACAAUCUGUUUCAAUCCUUGUCUCUUAUCAGUUCCAAACACGUCUACAAACAUGUCAAAUGUUAAUUAAAAUACGACACAUUUUCACAAAUAUUUAUUUGGGAUUUGUUGCAUUUUAUUUACCAGUUUCUUGUGUCGUUUCUCUAGCUAUGUUGUGAAUGUAGCCAGCUAGCUUACCCGUAGCUAGCACAAGAUCUUUCAAUCUAGUCUGCUACACUGGUCUGCUAGCGAGCUGACCACUAUCUAUAUAAACUAGCGGGCUAGUUGCAUUUACGGGUCGUGUAGUAAGUAGUUCAGCUGUCUAGCGUCUGGUAAGAAUGACUUGUUAGCUGGAUAUAGCUAUGGUUGUUUAGCUAGUUAUGUUAUUAGCUAACUAGCUGCUUACCUAGCUAUCUUGCCAUCCAUACCAGUGUAGUUAACUAAAGUUAUUUUAUAUCUUCUGGUCAAUCGUCUUGUGGUGGUCUGCUAGCCAGCCAGGAAUUAAUGGUUGAUGUAAAAGUUACUUGUCACUCAAGGAGUUCUAGCUAGCUAUCUACGGUCAAGACGAAACAGUUGGCACUAUGCAUCUAGCUAGCUAUGCAUAUUCUGUUUAAUAUUGUUCCAGGAGUUGUGCUUGCAGGGCUAGUUUGCAUUAAGCUACCAGUUGUCAGUGGUUAAAACAAUUCCAAGUGAACAUGAAGAAUUGCAGUGAUGUUGUGUAGUAGUUACAGAUAUGUGAGUGAAUGUUAGCAAUUAAAGGUAUUGUCUCAAGAAACUGGUGUGGUUCUGUCAUUAACAAGCUGAUGAUCUUCCCAACAGGGACGAGUCAGGACAAAGACGGUGAAAAAGGCCGCCAGGGUCAUCAUUGAGAAGUACUACACCCGGCUGGGCAGUGACUUCCACGUCAACAAGAGGGUGUGUGAGGAGAUAGCCAUCAUCCCCAGCAAGAAGCUGCGCAACAAGAUCUCUGGGUGAGUGAAUGCUCCGAUACAAGCUUGUGUCACUUUCAGGCUUCAGACCACCAAUGCCACUUUCACAUGAUCAUGCCGACCCAAAUCAUACUGUGCUCCCUCAGAUAUUUUCUAACACAUUGUAGUUUCCAGCACGGUUCCAGCAUCUGUGGCGUGUCUGUAACCAGGCCAGUGCAGUACAGCUAGGCUCAGUACUUUUAGAAGGGUGCAAGUCUGACCAAAUGAAGGCUUACUAUCUUGUGGCUUCAAGGAGCUUGUGUUGCAGGCUGCUUAGCUCCACGUCCAACAGCCUUGUCUUAAAACAGGGGCCUUUUUUGCUUUGGCUUACAGACAGAAUAAUGUAGAGAAAGGGUAGACCUACGUCUAGCAGCUGCUAUUCUUGGUUCAGUUGGUUGGAGCUGGAGCAUGACGCUGGCAAUGUCAAGGUUGUGGAUUCAGUUCCUGCAUGGAUAUCUUAUUCAUAAUAUGAUUGUGGUGAACUGCUUUGAAGAACUCUUUGUAAUAGAUGUGUUGUGUUCCUGUAUGUUUGUGCACAUCUGUUUUUCAGUUGUUUUAAGAUGUUAUAAGAACAGUGCUAUUAUUUGAAGGAAUACUAUUGGCUCAGUAGUUGAACACUUGUGCUCAGUUCAUUCUCAAUGAUAGUUGACCUCUAGUCUCCAUGUCGAAGUCAGAGAUAUUUGGCCUGACUGUAGACAAGUGGUGUUGCAAUAUUGGGCUUGUUGCACGUUUAAUAAUUGUCUGAUCCCAAUGUAGGUUAUUUGCUUCCUGAGCCAUCAUGCAGAAAUUGGCCUUUUUCUUGUUGCAAAUAUACAAGUAGGUAAAAGCCUUUCUGAUUGAAGUCCUAUUAUGAUUAUCUGAGUGUUUGUGGCGUUGUUUUGUUUGUUUUUCUCAAAUGAACCCAGCCUGCUUCUGGGGUGAGGUUGUCUUGGUAACGUGAGGCCCUGUUCCUCAUUCAUCAUCUGCUUGAGAACUGUCCCUGUACAGUAGGUGUAGGCCUAGUUGUUCUUGACCAUAGUCCGUGAUCUUUGCCACUUACCAAUAAAAGGGAUUGGAAAGAGACGCUCAAAUUGUAGUGUCUGUUGGUGCGCGCUUGGGCUGUGUUUAGACAGGCAGCCCAAUUCUGAUCAUUUUGCCACUAAUUGGUCUUUUGACCAAUCACAUCAGAUCGUUUCACGUCAGAUAUUUUUCAAAGCUGGUCUGAUUGGUCAAAAGACCAAUUGGUGGACAAAAAAAGAUCAGAAUUGGGCUGCCUGUCUAAACACAGCCUUAGCCUUUUCUCAGUGACUUGUAUAGAACAGGGAAACAAACUAGUGGAGGGUCCCGUGUAGCUCAGUUGGUAGAGCAUGGCGCUUGCAACGCCAGGGUUGUGGGUUCGAUUCCCACGGGGGACCAUGCACUCACUAACUGUAAGUCGCUCUGGUUAAGAGCGUCUGCUAAAUGACUAAAAUGUAAAUGUAUACAAAUCCAGCUGUCUGUGACCCCAAGCAGCGGAGCUAUGUGAGGCACUGUUGAAAUUCCCCCUCUUUAGCUCAAGUCAGUUAAUUGUCAUAGAGUUAAAGAAUACAAUGUCAGUUAACCGCUGCAAGGCCUCCCUGUCUAAUCAAACAUCAUGAAACAUGUUCAGGUUGUUUUACGGACUCGAUCUUAGUUAUGUCACUCGUCUGUCAUGUCUCUCCUCUUAGAGAAGACCUCUAGAAUGACACCAUUUAUUCCCCCACAACCUUUUCCCUCUCACUCACUCAUCCCCAUGGUGCUGGCACAUGAGGCAGCACCACUACUUCUCAAACUACUAGCACCCAAAAUCAAUGGUGGGGCAGUCUUACCUUAGCCGCCCACUGUGGGUGCAGGCUGUUGCUACAGCCAAGCAGUGACACACCUGCUUCUACCAAUCGGAAACCUUGGUUGAAAACUAUGAUUAGGGGAUUACUAGAAUCAGGUUUCUUAUUGUUUAGAAGGCCAGGAUGUAAGAGAGCCCUAAAUCCAAGCACUAGUUUACUGACCUCAGUCUACUCUAUACUGCUCUGUUCUAAGUACCCAUCUGUGUUCACCCCCAAGUGCUUAUCUCUGUCGUUGUUGCACACAACCGACUGCAAAAUCACCAGGAAAUCAGCUCAGUGAUUUUUUUUCAUGUAGGAAAUCUUUUCCCAAGUAUUCCCACGCAUAAAUAGAGGCAUAUGUGAGCCCAAAUCGCACUAUAUCGUCUGUGUAAAAUACCCCUUUUGUGUUCUGUAUUCUCCACUUAUGUCCCAUGUGUCCCUCAGGUAUGUGACCCAUCUGAUGAAGCGUAUCCAGAGGGGCCCUGUCAGAGGCAUCUCCAUCAAGCUGCAGGAGGAGGAGAGGGAGAGGAGGGACAACUACGUCCCAGAGGUCAGUGGGGUUCCUCAAUCAUUUACCUCUGAGCCAUGCAUUUAGAGAGUUGGGACGUUGAGGUUUCUGCAUUAUGAUGCAUUUACAUGACACCACAACAUUCAACGGCAGCCAUGUUAGCCCCCGCUUUAAUAAAAUGACAUGGGGGAUGUUUAAACAAUGCUAUGGAACUGAAUGUCUACAAUUAGAACAGUUGGCCCAACUCUCUAAAUACAGUGACUUUGGAAAGUACGUUACAGCCUUGUUCUAAAAUGUAUUUUAAAAAAUGUACAUCCCUUAGCAAUCUACAGACAAUACCCCAUAAUGACAAAGCGAAAACAGGUUUUUAGGAAUGUUUGCAAAUGUAUUAAAAAUAAAAAACAGAUACCUUAUUUACGUAUGUAUUCAGAUCCUUUGCUAUGAGAUUCAAAUUGAGCUCAGGUGCAUCCUGUUUCCAUUGAUCAUCCUUUAGAUGUUUCUACAACUUGAUUGGAGUCCACCUGUGGUAAAUUCAAUUGAUUGGACAUGAUUUGGAAUGCACACACCUGUCUAUAUAAGGUCCCACAGUUGACAGUGCAUGUCAGAGCAAAAACCAAGCCAUGAGGUCGAAGGAAUUGUCGGUAGAGCUCUGAGACAGCAUUGUGUCGAGGCACAGAUUUGGGGAAGGGUACCAAAAAAUGUCUGCAGCAUUCAAGGUCCACAGUGGCCUCCAUCAUUCUUAAAUGGAAGUAGUUUGGAACCACCAAGACUCUUCCUAGAGCUGGCCACCUGGCCAAACUGAGCAAUCGGUGGAGAAGGGUCUUGGUCAGGGAAGUGACCAAGAACCUGAUGGUCACUCUGACAGAGCUCUAGAGUUCCUCUGUGGAGAUGGGAGAACCUUCCAGAAGGACAACCAUCUCUGCAGCACUCCACCAAUCAGGCCUUUAUGGUAGAGUGGCCAGAUGGAAGUCACUCUUCAGUAAAAGACACAUGACAGCCCACUUGGUGUUUGCCAAAAGGCACCUAAAGACUCUCAGACCAUGAGAAACAAGAUUCUCUGGUCUGAUGAAACCAAGAUUAAACUCUUUGGCCUGAAUGCCAAGCUUCACGUCUCGAGGAAACCUGGCACCAUCCCUAUGGUGAAGCAUGGUGGUGGCAGCAUCAUGCUGUGGGGAUGUUUUUCAGCAGCAGGGACUGGGAGACUAGUCAAGAUUGAGGCAAAUAUGAACGGAGCAAAGUACAGAGAGAUCCUUGAUGAAAACCUGCUCCAGAGCGCUCAGGUCCUCAGACUGGGGCGAAGGUUCACCUUCCAACAGGACAACGACUCUAAGCACAUAAAUUAGCAAACAUUUCUAAAAAACUGUUUUUGCUUUGUCAUUAUGGGGUAUUGUGUGUAGAUUGAUGAGGGGGAAAAAACUAUUUAAUCAAUUUUAGAAUAAGGCAGUAAUGUAACAAAAUGUGGAAAAAGUCAAGGGGUCUGAAUACUUUACGAAGGCACUGUAUAUGUCUCAGGUUUACCUUGCAGUUUGGUCCUUCAUCUUGCAUCAGAUAACUUGAGAAAUGUCCUUGCUGAUUGUGAUGAUAUCUAUAAGGUUGUAAUUUGGUGCAUACCUGUAUCGAAAGUGGCUGUGGCAUGGUUGUUGCCAGGUCAUUGAUAAUGCAGGAAGAUAGAACUGACAGAUUUUCCCUGUGUUUGUCGGGCUGUCUAUCCCUCUCAAACCCUGUAUCUUUCAGACACUCAUCAUACUCGGGUCUGUCUUGAGAACACUCACUACUGAUAGGUUCCUAUGAGAUCCACUGUAAAGCUGAUGGUCUUUGUUUGUGUCUGUAGGUGUCUGCUCUGGACCAGGAGAUCAUCGAGGUGGAUCCCGACACCAAAGAGAUGCUGAAGCUGCUGGUAAGUUCUAAACCUCACUUCUCAGAUAUCACUGCCUACCUACAGUCUUAGUCUAAACGUGACGUUUUCUUGUUACAACAUGCACGAUUUUUCAUACUGUACUUUUUAAUCUCUAUUGUAUUGCUGUUUGUUUCUGUUACUCUUUGCCAGUGCUUGUGGAUUGAGUACUCUGACCUCAUCCGGCAACAAUGUAGCCUAUCUCACACUGGCCAUUACUUAACAGAGCAGACCAUUUUAUACAACAUAUGUUUAUUAUGCCAAGCCCCCACCGUACGAGUUUGGAGCGAUAGUGGCACAAUUCACGUGUUGCAGAUUAUCUUUAAUGAUCUUUAGAUUGGUUAUGAAAACCAGGAGCUCAUUAGUCGCACUGUGUGGCAGGGUCAAUGACAUACUAUUUACUGCAAGCUCGAAUGCACGCAUACACACACACACACACACUGGGCUGGUCAUAGUGAUUAGUGCAGUAUUUGUCUGUUCCUGCUGUGUUAACACCACUACAAGGGAGAUUUCACAAGAUCGUCUGUGGCCAAUAGAAAUGCACAUUUAGAUAUGAUAAUUGUAUCUGAUGUCUAUCAGAUUUAGAUAUACUUUUUCACGCUGUAGUUUUGAUGUAGUGAACUACUUUAAACACUUUCUCUGAUAGUUAAUUCUCUUAUAGUUUAUCUUAUAUUGCUCUGUAUUACAGUAGCUUUACUGUAGCUCAACUUCUUCUGCUGUGAAGUAAUUGGUAGCUUGGUAAACUACAUUUUUACAGUAGCUUCCCCAACACUGAGUGCAAGUAGAGCACUGGAAAGCUUUCCCGUCUUUGCUGGGCACAGUCAGUGUUACCUUCCUAUGAUGGGACCUCAGAAUGUCUGUAUUUGGGGUGAAUGUAAUGCUCAUUAGAGCUAGAUGAGGAAUUGUUUGACUAAUUAUUUCAUUCUUUCCUCUGUUAGGACUUCGGCAGCCUGUCCAACCUGCAGGUCACCCAACCUACCGUUGGCAUGAACUUCAAAACACCCAGGGGAGUGUAAACGCGUUUCAUAUAUCUCUGUCAAUAAAGAGAAGUUGAAAGGAAACA